AUGCACAAUUCCACCGUGACAGAGCCUGUUACAGACGCCAUGUGGGCAUCUGGAUCCACUGGAGAAAGUCUCGAAGUGCUGGAUGCAGCCAAAACACAAAUCUGCGAGCUCUUCAGCGGCGUGCUGUGUCAUGCCUCUUCAUAUCCUGUGUUGAUAUGCGGCAGCCACUGGAUGAGAGAGCAGAACUUGCUGGCCGUCUUGAUACUCUUACUCCUGCAAGUCCCCGUCGAGUGCAUCUCGGCCGACUAUGCCUUGUCGGUGCAGGAUGUGCUGGCUGACUCGCGUGGCUCCAAAAGCAAGGCUGAGACUCAAUUUAUCAAGGACAUGGUUGGUAGCAGGACACAGUGGGUCAAUGCCAUAAAAGAGCAUUUGGAUAAUACCUACAGUGGUGUAGAAGCAUAUUUGAUGAAGGGAGGCUUGACGUCCUUUGAGAUCGGCGUGUUACGGGAGACAAUCCAGGCGAGCUCGAAAUUGGGACAAGAUGGUGAGACUUGA